UUUUUUCUCUCGCGCCUGCGCGCAAACGGCUGGCAAUCCCUCAAAUGAACGUCUCGUCUCUCUGGUGCAGGCAAUUGGUUUAGAGUAUCACAAACAUGGAUGAUAGUGAGAAUACAACUUCAAUUGAUGAUCGCAGUGAAGCAUAUUCAGAAGCAUCUGCCAGAGACUGUUUAGCUGAAGGCAUAAUUGGCCUUCUGCUUCCAACUGUGGAGCAAAUAGACGAACGAGUGAGGUCCACAAGGAUCAGUCAGCUAGAGCUUCGACAACAUAUUGACGCUUUGGCAGAAGACCUUCGGGCAUUGUCCGAAAACCAGCAGAUACCCUAUGACCUCGACAGCUAUGUCAAGAAACUUGUAAAUGCGAAAAGGAGGGUAGUGCUCGUCAACAGUAUCCUUCAGAACACCCAGGAAAUCACACGAUCUACAACACAGUUGUCUGUGUCGUGGGCACGGCGGACCAGGAACUGCCAUGACAUUGACGGGAGCCUUGUUCUUCGUUGUGCAGGAACGUCUGAACAGAAUCAACCAGAGCAUCACCCGUGAAAAUGAGAGACGUACAGCACUCUUGGAGCCACAAGUUUCUACACCAAGCGAAGGAUAGCUCUAUGUACUGCCUACUGUGUUAUUAUAUUGAAACAUUCCUUGCAAUCAAUGGUAUUGCAACCUCAUGAACAGUUUGCAGAGCUCGUGAUAAUCAAUAUCCGUUCCACAUCAAAGCAUAUACCUCUUUAACGAAUACAUCCUUCUCAUUUCUUGUGGAGUGCACAGCAUUAACAUGAAGACAUGUUAACUGUAACAAGAUAUUUUAAUUGAGUACAAGCAUACCAGUGUAUGUAGACUUGUUUGACUUUGCAGUCGGACUGACAAAUCCACCAAUGAAGAGUGUGCUGCAUUAGUUGACUGUACAAGUACUAAUUUUGCAUCGUUGGAAGAAACUGAAGAUCCUUGUGCAGGUGAUCAUUUGUGUUGUGCACAUGUUGAGUUGUGCAGCCAAAGCUACAUCUGAAACAAGUGUGGGGCCUCUGGUUUUGCCCACAAUACACCAGCCCAUACACCAAACUGCUGACUAGUUUCAGCUAGAAACAGUUCUAUUGUAAUAAUCAGUAGGCUCUCUGACAUUGAUGGCACAAUAUGCACUUAGCUUAGCAGCUUCUCAACAGUGUUUACAAUGGAGAAUCUUGACAAAAGAGUUUGACAUGCUAGGCCGAAGAUUACGAGCUCUUGCCUACCACUGUAAGCAUUAAAAAGUAACCUGGAAAUACAAAAUAUGCAGACUUGUGUGCAUUAGGUGUUCAAAAUUAUUUACUGUUACAAUUGGUUAGGUGGACAAAUGUUACCUUUCUUUUUUUAGCUGUCAUCAGGUGACGCCUUUUAGAUUCACCAUGAAGCUUUUUUUCUUUGGUCUUGUAGUUGGACAACUGCACAUUUAUUUUGCCUGUUUAUUAUUUUCUGUGCUAUAAAAAAAAGCAUUCAUGGUGAAAUUUGGAGUGCACACAACAGACAAGGACGCAGAGAAGGUUAUUACUUACCAACUAGGUUACUUACCAACUCACCCAACUAUCAGUUCUGCUGAAUUCAAGAAAAUCAUGUUUUUGUACAAAGGAAGGCAACUAACUUUGAGGCAAAUUUGAAAUAUGAAAGAGCAUUGCCAUCAGGGUUUUUCCACGAUUUCCAGCUAGCCAACUUGCUUAGUAAGAAGUAAGUUUCGGACUAGGGGUUCACUCAUACUUGAAUACAUGAAUAAGAUAUGACAAAUCAGUUAUGCGGAAUCCCGCAAGGUGGAGGAAGCAUUAUGAAAGGCAAAAAAAUGUCAUCCACCUAAAUGUAGCACGAAGCUAUAAAGGAAACCCAUAUGCAUUUCUCAGAAAGAAUGUGUCGCACUUGAGGAAAAAUUCAUCCUUGUCAGGGAUUCAAACCCGGGACCAACACCUUUCUAGGGCAGUCUCUCUACCAUCCGAGCUAACCAGGAGGCUAGCAGAUAGCAGCAAGAGGGUGAAUCAAUUGCCGACUCGAAGCAUAAGGACACUGAAUAUGGCAAAUCAAUUCUGCGGAAUCCCGCAAGGUCGAGGAGGUAUCGUGAAAGGGAAAAAUUGUUAUCCACCGGAAUGUAGCAUGAAGCUGGUACAGUAAUGUAGCUUCAAUCGACGACAGAUCAACAUGCCGGCCCUUGGCAGUGUAAUAGUAAAGCAUGUAGCAACAGAAAAUGAAAACAUACUUAUUAAGGCAAAAAGAGCAUGCCAUCCUUGCUGCUAGCUUUGCUUGCUAAUAAAUGUCAAGAACUCCAAAGUGCAAAUCCCUUCACAAAUUAGCGUGAAGGAACGAAAGGUUGUCCAUGGACUUGGGCUUCAGUAGAGUGUAUCAUUCGUGCAUGAUGCAUCCUACAGCACUGAAGUUGCCCUCGCUGCUGGCGCUUGUAGCUUGAACCACCAAGAUCUUUCAUACAAGUUUGUGAAAUUUUAGAUAGUUACUUUCUUUGCCUUUCCAAUACUCAAGUUCUGAUUCUGAGCACACGCUUAACGAUUGAGCACGCAGGUACUCGCUAAUUUAAUCCUGGUCAUGCGCUGUGAUUGAGCACGCAGGUACUCCCUAAUUUCACCCUGGUCAUGCACUGUGUUGUCAUCAUUGUCGUGCCACUCACCGAAUGGUUUUAUGCGCUGAAUUGUUGCAGGGUGCUCUUUGGACUUGCUGCGUGGUGUUGGAAAUUAAAAUGAUGUCAACUGCUUUGCAUGUGCAUACACCUCAUUGCACACUUAUGGCGAAAGCAUUUGCAGGUGCUUGAAUUGAGCCCACAGAAAAGUUGUGACUUUAUGAUGCAUGGCCAAGUUUACUUUGGCGGUCAAAAAAUUUCAUGUGCGUAAUUAAAUCUUUGAUAUUUCCA